AUGACGGUCCUAGAAAUAACGCAUCUCUCCCUUUCCCCCACCUCACCCCACACGCCGCGCUCACUCCUCCCAAUCCUCCAAACAGUCCGAGCAAGCCUCGCGGAAAAGGUUCACCUCACUCACUCUCGCUUCUACCGCUCCAUCUCACCAAAAGAUAAUCUAGACGGGCGCGAGGGGAUUUAUAUCCUUGGAAGCUGGCCUUCCGUGGCUGCUCAUAAGGCUUUCCUCACUAAUGAUGAGCUAAGGGAUGAGGUUUUGGGUUCGCAGGAGGGUGUGUUAGAUUUCGUUGAGGGCAUUCAUGUUAGGUUCGAAAAUGACGGAGAUAAAUACGGCGGGAUGACUAAUGCGCUUUUGCCGCUUGAUGCCCCAGUUGUUGUCCUGGAGAGAAUUGAAAUUAGUGGGGGUAAUCUAACGAAGGAUAAGAAGGACUUGCAGGAUACCACUAAGCCUUGGACUAUCUUUCAUGGAUGUCGAUGUGAGUGUGAUUGUGUUGGUGGCUGCAGCUGUCAAGGUGCGGGUGUGGAGAGUAUACAGAAGGAAUUUGUAAAAAUAAGUGGGUGGGGAAGUAGGGAGGAGUAUCAGGAAUGGAGGGGAAGGAGUAUGAACAACGUAUUCGAGGAAAAAGAUGGAGCUGUUGGGACUGGAGAAACUACAUUUCUCCUUGAUUUGGAGAGCGAUUGGGGAGCGGAGUUUGUUGAACUGAUGAGCACUGAAGAGAUAAAAGAGCCAUACAAUUGA